AUGUAUCGGCAGAUAUGGGUUGCGAAUUCCGACCGCAAAUUCCAGUUGAUAUACUGGAGGUUUAAUGCGAAUGAAGAGGUGAGAACAUUUGCAUUAAACACAGUUACAUAUGGAACAGCAUGUGCUCCAUAUUUGGCUGUAAAAUGUCUGCAAAGGAUAGCAGACUUAAAGGAGGCAACACAUCCAAAUGAAUCUCAGGCAAUAAGGAGUGACUUUUAUAUGGAUGAUCUUAUGACUGGGGGAGAUUGUCUUGGGGAGGUUGUGGAGAUGAGAAGGAAUUUGGAGGCAAUAUUGCUCGAAUUCGGCAUGCCGUUAAGAAAAUGGUGUGCAAAUAACAGCCAAAUAUUGGAGGGCAUUGCAAAAGAAAAUAUUGAGGGGAGCCUUAAUAUAGAGGACGAAGAGUUGCCUGUGAAGGCGCUUGGAGUGAUGUGGUGCCCGCGUAGCGACGUAUUUUCCCUGAAGUACAAGGCCACGGAGGAUGGAAAGUUUUCGAAACGUUCAAUAUUGAGCGAAACAGCUAAGCUAUUUGAUCCUCUUGGUUUUGUGGGUCCCGUAAUUGUAUCUGCGAAAAUAUUAUUACAGGACCUAUGGAAACUAAAGAUGGAUUGGGAUGACGAAGUUCCUAUGGAAAUAGGCUCGACAUGGUCCAAAAUAAAGAAGGAAUUGGUGGCGCUCAAUUACGUUAAAAUAGGGCGUCACAUGAUUUGCUGCGAACCUAAGAGGGUUGAAUUGAUAGGUUUCUCCGAUGCUUCAAUGAGAGCUUAUGGAGCAGUGGUCUAUUUGAAAUCUAUAAAUGCAUUGGGUGACAUUUCGGUACGAUUAGUAGCCUCCAAAUCUCGGGUAGCACCGACCAAGAUAGUUACGCUGCCCAGGCUAGAACUGUGUGCCGCUGCAUUACUGGUGGAAUUAGUUUCGAAAAUAAAAGAAAAUUUUCAAAUUAAAAUUGACAAUGUUU